GAGAGUAGUCGGCGAAGGGUGAAUGAAGUUCGUUGGAACACCUCUGCUGUGGGUGCGACAAGUGAUACCGUGUAAAUGGAACCAGAGCACGAAGCGCAGGUGGAGGAGUGCAGUGCGACGGAAGAGACUGCACAGUACAAGACCUGUAAUGACAUUGCCUUUUACAGGCGUCAGAAGCUGUUGAAAUCUGGGAAUUGUUUAUUUCAUGCCAGACUUGACACUCUGUCCCUAUCUGGAAAUGAAGCCAAAUUCCAGAUUUUUAAUGCUGACACAAAGGUCUUUCUUCUAGUGGAAGUUUACAGUAUUGUUGGAAAUGUGGUCAGGAUUAAAAUAAAUGAAUUGGCACCCCUGAAACCAAGAUAUGAAGUUCCAGAUGUUCUGGUAAAAGAACCACUGACUCAAAGGUUGAUCGUCCUAGAAAAAGACGAAAACAGCAUCACCUUGUCACCUGGAGAAAAUGGCCCUCAAAUCCUCAUCACUGCAAAACCAUUCCAGUUAGAUAUCUCAUUGCAACAAGAGCUGGUGCUGAGUGUGAAUUCACUUGGCUUGCUGUAUUUUGAGCACUUACAGCCCAAGCCUGAACAGAAAACUUCAGCAGAAACAAAUGAGUCUUCAGCUGCCAAAAGCGAAAAGGAAGCUGACAAUGAUCUUGGGCUGUGGGAAGAAAAAUUCAAUGCAUUCUGCGACACUAAACUCAGUGGCCCGACCUCUGUUGGCUUGGAUUUUUCUUUGCAUGGUUAUGAACACGUUUAUGGAAUACCACAGCAUGCAGAAACAUUUCAGCUCAAACCUACUGAGGAUGAGGAGCCAUACCGAUUAUUUAAUUUGGAUGUCUUUGGACACAAGUUGCACAGCCCAUUGGGCAUAUAUGGUUCUGUUCCACUUAUCUUGGCUCACAAGCCAAAGAAAACUGCUGGUAUUUUCUGGCUUAAUGCUUCUGAAACAUUGGUGGACAUCAGCCAGCGGGCAGUUGCAAAGCCUUUAACAAUAGGAAUACAUCAAGAUGUAAAGAAAGUAAGACCCGAGCCUCAGACAGAUGUCCGAUGGAUGUCAGAAAGUGGGAUUAUUGAUGCCUUCCUUCUUCUAGGACCCUCAACAUACGAUAUUUUCAAGCAGUAUGCACAACUGACAGGGACCCAGGCACUGCCUUCGCUAUUUAGUUUGGGUUAUCACCAGUGUCGCUACAGCUAUGAUGAUCAGGCAGAUGUGGAGCAGGUUGAUGCAGGCUUUGAUGAACAUGACAUCCCUUAUGACACCAUAUGGCUAGACAUUGAUCAUACCAGAGGAAAUCGCUACUUCACCUGGGAUAAAACAAAGUUCCCAAAUCCAAAGAGACUGCAGCAACGACUGAAAAGCAAGAAACGCAAGCUGGUUGUCAUUAGUGAUCCCCAUGUAAAGGUAGAUGAGAAGUACUACAUAUACUCCCAGGCCAAAGCCAGGGACUUCUUUGUGAAGGAUUCGACUGGUGAGGACUUUAUUGGCUUGUGCUGGCCAGGUGAGUCCUGCUACCUGGAUGUAACUAAUCCCCUUGCUCGAGACUGGUAUGCAGAUCAGUAUUCAUUUAAGAGAUAUGAGUGUUCCUCAGAUGUUCUGUAUUUAUGGAAUGACAUGAAUGAACCCUCAGUUUUUAAAGGGCCAGAACAGAGCUUGCCAAGAAAUGUACUCCAUCAUGGUGGAUGGGAGAAUCGUGAUCUGCACAAUCUGUAUGGUUUUUACCAGCAAAUGGCAACAGCAGAUGGUCUGAGCCGUCGUUCUGCAGAGAAGGAGAGACCUUUUGUGCUGACGAGAUCAUUUUUUGCUGGAUCUCAGAGAUAUGGUGCAAUGUGGACAGGGGAUAAUAUGGCUGAAUGGGGCUUCCUGAAAAUCUCCAUCCCGAUGUUACUGUCUAUCAGCAUCUCUGGAAUUUCCUUUUGUGGAGCUGAUGUGGGUGGGUUUUUUGGGGAUCCAGAACCCGAGCUAUUGGUGCGCUGGUACCAGGCUGGAGCGUACCAACCCUUCUUUAGGGGUCAUUCACAUACAGAAUCCAAACGACGUGAGCCCUGGCUGUUAGGAGAAGAAAACACAAAGCUGAUCAGAAAUGUGAUACAAGAGCGUUAUUUACUCUUACCUUACUGGUACACAAUCUUCUAUGAGGCCCAUGUUACUGCAAAACCAGUCAUGAGGCCACUGUGGGUUGAAUUCCCUGAAGAUGUAGAUACAUUUGGAGUUGAAGAUGAGUAUCUUGUUGGAAAUGCUUUACUGGUGCAUCCCGUUACUGAUGCUGAGGCUACUGCAGUAACCAUUCUUUUUCCUGGCUCAGGUGAGGUAUGGUAUGAUGUUAAAACUUUUCAAAGGCUACAGGCUCGCCAAACAAUGACUGUUUCAGUCACCAUGGAAAAUAUUCCAGUUUUUCAACGUGGUGGUACAGUAAUACCUAAGAAGACGAAAGUGGGAAAAUCUUCUGGAUGGAUGUCUGAAGUUCCGUAUGCCCUGCAAGUUGCACUGGAUUCUAAGAAUUCUGCUACAGGAGAACUGUUCUUAGAUGAUGGUCAUUCCUUCGCAUACCAGGCCAGCAACCAAUUCUUGUACAGAAAGUUUCAUUUUCAUAAUGGUGUUCUCUCUUCCAGCUGUGCAGAUGACCGAGGGAAGUACAAAACCAAAUGUGUUGUGGAAAUGGUGCUCAUUGUUGGAAUGAAGGCAUCACCUUCUUCUGUGAUGGUCUGCUAUUCAGAUGGUACAGAAAAGGUGAUUCCAUUCAAAUAUGAUGCCAAAACCUGUGUUCUUACACUAGAAAAUCUUGUGUUGAAUGUUGGAAAUGACUGGAAGGUGAAAUUCAGCUGAACAGAGGCACAUGUUUAAUAGCAGGACAUGCAUAUGAAUAUACAUGUUUACCAGCAAGACCUCUGUCCUGUUAAGGUCUGAGUUAAUAGAGCUUUGCAUCAAACAAUUCCGUCAAGCUGUCCUACAGCUACUCUGUGUUGUGUGCAGAAUGUUUCUGUGGACAUACAAUCGAGAAUGAGGAUGAUUUUAUACAUUCAAAUGUGAAAACAGAUAGUUUGCAGACUGAGCAUUCCUUUUAUUUGGCCUUGUCCAUGAUGCUGUCAGUAGACAAUUCUGAGUUUCAGAGGAAUGUGGUCGUGGUACUUUUAGCAGCUUUUUAUCAAGUUGGGUGCAAAAGGUGAUUCCAUUCAAAUAUGAUGUCAAAGCCUGUGUUCUUAUCCUAAUAGAGCUUUACACCAAACAACCCUGUGCAGAACAUCUCAAUAAUUUCUGUCAAGCUGUCAUACGGCUACUCUGUGUUGUGUGCAGAAUGUUUCUAUGGACAUGCAUUCGAGAAUGAGGAUGAUUUUAUACGUUCAAAUGUGAAAACGGUUAGUUUACAGACUGAGCAUUAAUUUUAUUCAGCCUUGUCCCUGGUGCUAUCAGCAGAUUCAUUCUAGCUGUAGAUUUCUGAGUUUUAAAGUAAUGUGGUCAUGGUACUUCUAGCAGCAUUUUGUCAAGGUCAGUGCCCUAACUGUUUGCAUUACAUGACUCCUCUUUCAAGUUUUAGCAGAGACAAAGGAUGUGUAUUAGUGAAGGACUGCAGCUGCAAAACCAUACUUCUAGCUCUGAUGUUUGACUUCUAACAUUCCUGUCACUCACCUGAACCCAGGUGGCAUGGUCAAGAGUGUUUCAUGCUGACAGCAAAAAUGAACAGUAAUUUAGCACUACAGUCAGUGUAGAGAUAUAUCAAGUGUCAGCCCAGUCUAGCAUAGUUUACCUAUUCUCUGAUAGACCCAGUGUCUUACCACUUCCAUAAUAUCCACAGCUUUUACUGAACUCUGCUAACCAGUAUGGGAGCAGCAAGACAAACUGCAUCAGGAAAUGUCAUGUUCUGCCAUACCAAUACAACAUCUGAUUGCUGUUUCCAGUAAUAGCAACAUACAUAGAUGACAUAUAAAGAACAAGUAACAAAGCUCAUUCAUGUCUUAAUGACAAGUGAAGUGGUAAACUGUGAUAUUAUUUAAACUUUAUGUUGUAGGGAAAGUGAAUUUGUGACAUUCCAUAGUUUCUGCUUGAAUUAGUAAGUAUUUAAAUGACCCUUGUUAUUUUACAGAUUAUUUGAAAUAUCCUUUUUAGGAAUAGGUAUGUUCUUAUUGAAAAGUGUUUUGGUGAUCAAGUGCACAGUGAAACUAAAGUGGACAGAAAGCUGCUGCCAAUAUGGUUCUUAUUUGCUUCAAUGAAAUUCUGUAAUGAAAAUGUGGCACAAUAAAACUGUGUUGUAGGGGUGAGUGGAAUA